CAAGCUAGCCAGGAUUAAUUUUUUUUUCAUCCAUUUGUCACUUGUUACCCGUUUGCGAAACUGUUCGGAAACGUUUCUCGGAUUUUCACUUGGAUUCUCGUACAUUUUCUAUUUCGUUCCGGUGAAAUUAUUUCAAUCAUUACAAAAACGUUCAAAAUUGAAAAGCAAUGCAAAAAACUCAAAAUCGUCAACCUGUACCCGCUGCCAAAAUAAUGUCCACUGUUCCAAUCGUCCACGGAGAAGGUUUGCCAUUUCGUAGGUCAUCCCGUCUGGCUCUUCGGCAACAGCUGACCGAAAAGAUUCCUGACGCCCAGGCUUUAAAAUCCCGAGGGUAUUUGCUAGGGCGCCGCAUUGCCAAGGGAACCUUUGCAACGGUGGUGCGCGCGAAGUACUACGAUCCACAUGCGGCAGGCGAUGGCUUGCAGGCGCCGUCGGGGUUGGACUUGGCCUGUAAGAUCGUCGACGAAAGCAAAUCCAAGGACGAAGCCUUCCUCAAGAAGUUUCUGCCGCGGGAGCUGAAGAUCUUGGAGCGGAUAAUGCACCCGAACAUCAUCCAGAUCCAAAGCAUCAUCCGAAGGGACUGUCGACUGUUCAUUUUUAUGCGGCUGGCCGAGCGUGGGGAUCUUCUCGGCUUCAUCCGCAAGUACGGUGCCCUUCCGGAAGAGCGAUGUCGAUACUGGUUCUAUCAGAUGGCCGAUGCGAUCCGGUACCUGCAUCGUUUGAACAUCGCCCACAGAGACCUCAAGUGCGAAAACGUCCUGAUUUCGAAGAACAUGAACAUAAAGCUGUCGGAUUUUGGAUUCGCUCGCACGUGCAUUGACGAAACCGGAAUGGCUGUGAUGUCCCAGACGUACUGCGGAUCGGCUGCCUAUGCGGCACCGGAAAUCAUCAGCGGCAAGGCGUACACACCGAAAUCGGCAGAUCUUUGGUCGCUUGGGGUGAUCCUGUUCAUCAUGCUCAAUGGAACCAUGCCGUUCGAUGAGAAAAACCUGAAAAAGUUAGUCAAGAGUCAGCUGGCAAAGCAGUUCGCCUUUCGGCCGGAAGUGGAGAAGGUCGUCUCGCUUGAUGCCAUUCGGAUGGUGCGGCACCUGCUGGAACCGGAUCCGAUCACGCGAAUCAAUAUUGAUGAAGUAAUGCAGGAACGGUGGGAAAGCAACGUGGUUGUUGAUAAAUAAAUAAAAAUUAAGGUGAAAUAAGCGGAAAAAA